UAAUGUCACUAACAUUCACAUCACAACCAAUUGGAAUACGUGAAAAUUUAAAAAUUUGACUUCUAUAAUUUGUUGUCUAAAGAGGCUCUUGGCGCAUGUUUUACCUAUUCAAUUUUAUCAUUAUCAUAAAAAACACUGUUUUUUUUGGUUUAGUUUGUUAUACUUAUGCUGAUAUGUGUAGUACGUAGUACGAUGUGUAGUUUGUGUGGUAUAAAGUGAUAUUUGUCGGUUAAUUAAUAUAUUCUAUAAUAAAACAAGUAUAGGAAUAUUUUAAAGAUGCUGGAGCCAGAUCAUUUAAUUGCUUUACAAUUGCAAGAACAAUUUGAACAAGAGGCUGAAGUAGAAGCAGGUUCAAAUUUAGUAUAUAAGAAGAACAACAACCCUAAUCUCAACAAUUCAAAAUCGUUGAUCGAUCCUUCUUGGGAGCUUAUAGACCCUACACCUGACAUUUACACUCUUUUCAUGGUAUUUAAUGAAAGAUAUUUCUGGGGUAAACUCGUAACCGUUUGUGUUUCUUGGAGUAAAAGAAUGACUACUUGUGCUGGCAUAUGCAGUUAUCAAGGCAGGGGUGGUAUGUGUAAAAUAACAUUAAGUGAGCCAUUAUUGAAAUUGAGACCUAGGAAAGAUUUAGUUGAAACAUUACUGCACGAAAUGAUACAUGCUUAUUUAUUUGUAACAAAUAAUAAUAGAGACAGAGAUGGUCAUGGUCCUGAAUUCCAUAAACACAUGUAUAGAAUAAAUGCUGAAGCAGGUACAAGUAUUAGUGUAUAUCACGAUUUUCAUGAUGAGGUACGUUUAUAUCAACAACAUUGGUGGAGAUGCAAUGGUAUAUGCCAGAAAUGGAAACCUUAUUUUGGGAUUGUUAGGAGAGCAACUAACAGAGCACCUGGUGCUAAUGACUAUUGGUGGUUAGAGCAUUCCAAAAAUUGUGGCGGAACUUUUAUAAAGGUAAAAGAACCGGAAAAUUUUAAGGGAAGGAAAACUCAAAAGGAAAAUGUGAAACCAACUGCUAAUCCUAAAAAUGAUAUAAGGAGAUACAUAGGUAACAGUCAAAUUAGUAAAUCAGAUUCGACAUUUCAUAUAAAAAACGGUUCUAACAUUGUCGGAUUCAAAGACAUACAAAAGGGGAGUGUAGGCAUAGCAAUAAAGAACUCUAGCAGUACCAUCGUUGUUACCAAUAAAACGAAUUCUAAUCAGUAUGCAAAUAACAAUAAGGAUGUUAAUAAGGUAAUAGCAAUAGUUAAACCUUUUUUGGCCAAUGGCAAAUUAAUUAACACUCAACUUGAUACUACUAUUAUCCAGCAAAAGACAGAAGAUUAUUCGAUUGUGCGAAAUCAUUGGUUACAAAAAUUUCAAAAUCAAACUGAACCCAAAAAAGACAGCAAAGUAAAUGAUAAAAAACGCACCUUAUCUUUAAAUGUUCCGGUUGAAGAAAAACGCCAAAAAAUAAUUUCGCCAUCACUGUCAAUGUUAGACAUGCCAAUUUCUAAUAUUAAUACUACUGAUUUUGUUAAAUGUCCUGUGUGUCUAAAAAAUAUAGAAAGUAAUGGAAUCAAUCAACACCUAGAUUCCUGUUUGACUAAAACUAGCGAAAACAAGACUGAAGUGCAAGAUUUAUGUUUAAUUUGCAAUGAGACUGUUUCAAAAGAUGCAUUAAAUAGUCAUGUUAACGAUUGUUUAGAUAGGAUAUCAAUAAAUGGAAAAAUAAAAUGUGAUUUGUGUGGCAUUUUGAUAGACAGAGAUAAAUUUUCUAAUCAUCACAAGGAAUGCUUGGAUAAUGUAUUUGUUGAUAAUCCAAAUAUGGAAAAAAGGACAUGCAAUAUUUGCGGUAAAGAUGUAGCUAAAAUAAAUUUUGACCAACACCUAGAACGUUGUUUACAUGAUAUUUAUGAUGCGUCUGAGCCAGCUAACGUAGACCAAAUUGACCGAAAUAAUGUAAAAGAAAACACUUCCAACAAUAAUUGUGAUACACAGGAUGAUGACUUGGAAAAAUCUAACAAAUCUGAAAAUGACAACGAAAAGGUUUCUUGCCUUGUUUGUGGCAAAUCUGUUAUUAAAAGUAAUUUAGGAGUUCAUUUGGAUGAAUGUAUGGACAGCAUUUUUAAUAAAAAGGACAAAUCUAAUGUAGACGAGGAGAACGAAUGUAGUAGCGCUGAUCAAAAGUUUAAUUGCCCCUUUUGUUUAAAAUAUGUGUUAGAAAGUGAAAUGACUAAUCAUCUUAAUUUAUGUUUUUCUGUUUAAUAUUAAAAUUGCUUGAAUUGUAAUUUCGUAUAAAGGCUUGUGGUUUACUGAUUUAUUAUAUAAACAAUGUAUGUUGCAUGUCAAUAUUUUUCAAUACAUAUAUUUUUUUAA